UGGCCGACUCGUUUCAUGACCCGGGAGUGGAAAAACAACGCCGGGGUAUUUAAAUCCCGAGGCCACGUGGCGCCGCGAGGGGCGGCGGGGUCACGCGCGAGCCGUGAAUUUGAAAGCGGCUGUUUUCGAAACGCGCUGCCGCGACGUCGACGUCGCUGCGGUGUGGCGUGUGCAGCAGUGCCGCGGCGAGUGAAAAAUGGCCGCGAACGCGAGAACAGACAUGCGGAUACCAACGCGCACGGCGCCUCGUCCCCCGGGCCAGAGCGCGACGCAGAGGGACCCGAUCUGGAGCAGCAGCUGGAGCUCCAGCUUCCGGAGUUUCCCCGGUCUCGUCGCAGCGACGCUGUACCUUCGCGUGCUUUCAGCAACGACAUAUUCGGGGGCGCCCUGACGACGCAACAGAAGAAGAAACCGCCCCCUCGACCACCGCCUCCAAAGUUUAGCUAUAACCAGACGCAGUAUCAAAAGGACCAGAAGCUGAAAAAGCCAGCCAGGCCAACAGAGCUGUUGACUAAUUUCUUCGGGCGGAAGAAGCAGGAGUAUCCCCUUCCACCGCGUCCCACCGGCCAAGUACAGAAUCCGAUAGCGCAGCCUUCAAAUUCGAUCGCGACGGUGUCGCUGAUAGAUCUCAGCCCGCCUGGGUCGCCGACGUUCACGACACGCUCCAGCGACGGUGUCAGUGUCGACAGUUUUGGCAGCGACGGAAACUCCAAUCCGUCUGUGUUCACGAGUAGCGGGAACACAUCGCAAACGGAAAGUGCCUUCGAGGAUGAUUUCGACUUCUUCGGCAUGUCCGCCAGGAAGACGAUGCAGAACGACCCGUGGCAGACGAAAGCAACAGCGCAGGACCCAUUCGGACCGCUGGUGGACACCUGCGCGACAACCGUGCCUCAGGUCGCUGGCGGAACGUGCCUCUUCCCUUUCGGCUCCAACAAUCGCGUAGCGAGCCACGUGCCUUCCAAUCCGAUCGCUUCUAAACUCGUCGUCACGUCGAUGCCCACGAUAAUCCGAGCGAGACCGCCUAAACCUCCGGCACCAAAGAUACCGUUUAAGAAACUCGAACCGAUACCUAAGGAAAUGUGUACCGACUUCGAAGUCUCGAGCAGCAGCGCGAUGAAUAAGUCACUGACGCUGCAUUUCUCUAACGCGUGGCCCAACGACAGCGAGGGAAGCGACAGUCCAUCGCCACCCAUGCCGACGAUUCCGCCGCCGGCACCGCCUGCCAAUUAUUUGGCAGAAUUUAGCAGCAGUUUCGAAGGAGAUUUCAAUAAACCUCACGGUAUCGCGCUGUAUGACUUCACGGCAGCACAUCCGGACGACUUAGCCUUGAAGGAGGGCGAUAUCGUGCAAUUGUUGAAGAAGAUCAACGACGACUGGAUGGAGGGAAGAAUAGGAAAUCGUCAAGGGAUUUUCCCGUUUAGUUUCAUUGAUAUUAAAAUACCUCUGCCAGGUUUAUCGGACAACGUGGUCACAGCGCUCUACGCUUUUCCAGGAGAAAACAGCGACGACUUGUCGUUCGAGGAGGGCGCAAAAAUUACAGUCAUAUCAAGGAUAUCAGAGGAUUGGUUGUACGGCGAGUACAACGGUAGGAAGGGACAAUUUCCAGUAAAUUAUGUAAAUAGACUUCCGCGUAAUAUUUAAAUGUUUUUCUCCAUAAAUAUUUUAUAUCCAGUGUAUUAACAAUCUACUACUUGGAGAGCCUCCGUAUUGCAAACAUUAUUUAGAAUUAUUAAUUGCAUCUUUACAAGUUAAUACUAAGAACCGAGUGAUAAAAGAAAGUGUAAAAGCAGAUCUUCUAUGAUCUAAUUUUGAUGAUGUACAAACCGCAGAAGAAAAUUUUAGAAAAAUUUUACCGACAGAAAGACUGAAGUACACAUACGAAUUUUUAUCGUCGUGUUCCAAUAGAGAUAAUCUUCAAAAAUAAUCGCGAUACUAUCUUUAGGAAUUAGAAGAUAACAAUAUCUGCGAUAUAUUGGUGAUAUCUACACACAAUUCGUUUAGUUUACUCUUUUUAAAAAGUUUUGCACCCUAUACCGUUUGCAAUAUUUCGUAGAAGAUGCCACUAAAGCGAACUACGUUUCUCAUCUUGAGAUUAAACUCGUUUGUAACAUUUGAGAGCUUAAUUUUUACUAAACGUCUUGUAUAUGCCUCUUCUAAUUGUAUGAAAUCCUAAUUAUAAAAUGUAUGAAAUGUAUAUUUCUACAUUUCAUAAUUUAUUUAUUGUCUCGAUUCAGAAUCUAUUUUAGACAUUAUAUAUAAGGACGUGGCAGACAGUGAGCAGGCAUAAAUUGAAGUCUGGCAUAUACAGAAGACAAUUAUUUAAACACAUUGUGCUAAUGUAAGAUAAAAAAAUAAUAGAUCUGUCAAGGUCUUCAAAUUGUUAAUAUUGAAUAACGAGUGAAUAACUCAUUUUGGUUUAGAUAUUUUCUUCCCAUGUGUUAUUUGAAGAAUGCAAUUUUCGAUAGAUUGCCGAAUAAUCAAAUGAAAAAUAAUACAGUCUCCGCUAGAUAAGUUCAAUGAUUUAGAUACUCUCUCCUUAGAUUUUUUUCUUAGUCAGAUCUAGCACAAAAAUCUAAAAUCAUAAGAUUUUCGUUGUAUAUAUUGUAUUUGAGAAUCUGCAAUGCAUCUUACAUACGAAGUUAGAAAAUUAUUCGAUAUUAUCUUCCUUAUUUAUGAGUUAUAAAUAUAAAUUAAUUUUCUCAAGAAUGCAUCAUAAAAUUAGAGAUGACUAUUUCAGUGUACAAAUAAAUAUGUCGAAUGUCUAUAUCUCUGUAUUAUACGUACGUAUUUUUCGUCUAACUUAGAGUUUAUUUCAGCAAAAGUUACCAACAUGGUACAGUUGUAUGUGUACAUUACCUGAAUGCAUAAUUGGGCGAGAAGGAGGAGAGGCAAUGGACGUAGUUUAGAUAACUGUUGAGUUAAUCUACUUUAGAUGGAUAAUUAUUAUUGUAUAUAUUAUGUAUACUUAAUUAUGUUCGUCUGCGAGUUGUGUAAUUAUGUUUGAUAAAGUUCUAAACUUAAUAUGUGCAUUGAAAUUCGAAUGUUUCGUGGUACACACACCGAGUCAUUAGCUCAAUCUUAGGAAAAAGGGAAUCAACAGUGAGCUCUGUAUAUCAUUCUAAGUUAUUCCAUAUUGAUUUAAAGAGAACGGUACAAAGAUUCUAAAUUGUACAUUCUACUCCCGUACAGUUUUACUCGGAAUUCUCGUUAGCACAGUAUUAAUACGAUAUCCCAGAUUGCAACGAAGAUCUGCAUUGGGACCAGAAUGUUAGUUCGUAAGAUUAGGGAAGGUGUGGCGAGUGGUGAUAUGCAGAACGAAAAAUUGAACGUUAGAGUCAGAGUGUAAUAACGAGUCGUCUUUACAUGUAAUUAAACCGCUAUUUAAUUCUUAAGAAUUACGCUGUUAUGCAGAAGACGCCUAAUACGCAAUGUGAUAUUUUGCAAUGUUUAACGUGUAAACAUUUCAUGUGUAUACAAAAUAAACUAGAAAAGAAUAAAUAAA